GCGAUAAAUUUCCAGAAUUCUCCACUGGACAGUAGUAAUAAAAAUAAAAUUAAUUUCUAUGGAUUAUUUAUGCUAAUUAUUCUUUUUUUGCAAUUAUAAUGAGAGUUUCAUGCAAAGUUUAUAUAUUGUCUAAAAAAAAGGAAAAUAAACAUUUUGCAAAUUAAUUAAAUUAACGCAUUAAUGUCAUUGGCUGCGUUAUUCGCAAUACAUUAUUAAGAGGGACGGUGGUAGCAUUGAUGAGUUUAGUAUACAAGAAGAGAGUUUAGUAUUAUGACAGGAAUCUCGACCUUGACCUAGAUGCUUAACAGGGAAUUAGGGAAAUCGGGGAGCUACGCUAGUUGACGGUCUCCUCCCAGGCAACCAGGCUGCAGGCUAGGCGUAUUACCCUGGGCAAAAUUGACGCAUGCGUUAACAGAAAUGGAAAAGCAUAGUCCUGUUUACAGGAUAAAGGACCCUGCCAGUCGCGUUUCAUUUUUGCACCGCGUUCCUUUUUUUCGUGUAAUAUGCGUUUCUAGUUGUGUGCGUGUGUUUGUGUGUGUGAGUGUGCGUGUGUGUGACCGGCGAAAUAGGCACGUUUCAAAAAAAAAAAAAGAAAAAGAAAAAGCUCACAGAUUCCUGUAAUUAAAAAACAAUAAAAAAAUAUUGUCGUGUAUUCAAAGAAAUAACGUGAAUGGGCGCUCGAACGAUGUUUUCCAAGUUUAAAAGCGGUGGUACAGCACCAAAUAUUUUGGAAUCAAAUCCUAUAUUAAACCACUUUGAAAUAGGAAAGCAAUCUGCGACUGCCGGACCAGAAAAUGUUUGGAAAAUUCUCGAGGGAUAUCGGAAAAGUGAUGGCAAGGAAGUUUCAAUAUUUUUAUUUGAAAAACGUUCUGUGGAAAAAUUAACAAAACCAAAACGAAAAGAGACUAUUACGGAAACAUUACGCGCGGGAGUACAAAACUUGGAACGUUUUCGACAUCCAAAAAUUUUGCAAGUUAUACACUCAGCAGAACAGUGUCAAGAAACAUUAGCAUUUGCUUCUGAACCAGUUCUUGCAAGUUUAGCCAACGUUUUAGCUUACGAGGAACAAAAAGCAUUAUCUUUAGCACAAUCGUCAACAUCGUCUGUAGGACAACAAAAUCAACAGCAGCAUCAGCAUCAACAUCAACAUAAUCGUCAAGUUUACAUGAAAGAAUAUGAAUUGUUAGAUAUGGAAAUCAAAUAUGGUCUCCUACAGAUAACAGAAGCACUAUCAUUUCUUCAUUAUAGUCGUCAAAUACUUCAUCGAAAUGUUUGUCCAAGUAGCAUAAUGAUUACGAAAAAGGGAACAUGGAAAUUGUUUGGUUUUGAAUUUAUAGAGAGUGGAUUAAACGAUAAAGAUGCUGCAGAGCCUAUUCCAUUACCACAAUGGACAAACAGAAUUUCAAAAAUGGCUCAACCAAACCUAGAUUACUUGGCACCAGAAGUGCAGCUGUCUAAAAGAGGUAGUAUUCUCAGUGAUAUGUAUAGUUUUGGAAUGGUAAUUUGUGCGAUUUUCAAUUAUGGUCGUCCUUUAAUACAAGCGAAUCAUAAUUGCUCAGAGUAUAGUCGACAACUGGAUACAUUGGAAGAGCAAGUGCAUAAUAUUUUGCCACGAGUACCUGUACCGUUACAAGAAGCUGUCUCGAGGCUUUUGCAAAAAGAAUCUAGGCAACGACCUACAGCUCAACUUCUCACCCUCAUUAAAUAUUUUAGCGACCCAUCUGUAUAUGCCUUGCAAUUUUUGGAUGUCAUUAAUAUGAAGGACCCAACACAAAAAGGUCAUUUCUAUAGAACAACUCUUAAAGAAGCUAUUCCUUAUAUUCCACGUAAACUUUGGUACCAACAUAUUUGGCCUUAUUUGCAAGAAGAAUCGAGAUCACAAGAAGUGUUUGCGGCUGUUUUGCAACCAAUGCUUUACAUUAUUCAAAAUAGUACUCAAGACGAAUAUGAAAAAAUUAUUCUACCCAAUUUCAGGUCACUAUUCUCUAUACCAAAAUCAACGCAAGGAUCUGUUAUACUUUUGGAAAAUUUACAUAUUAUUUUAGAAAAAACGCCAUUAGAUGUAAUUAGAGACGAAGUAUUGCCGAUGCUUUUUACAUCUUUUGACAGUCCAACAAUCCAAGUUGAGAGCGCUGCUUUUGUUGCAAUUGCCAAUGUGACACAUUUUUUGGACGAUUUGGUAAUAAGAAGAACUGUUUUACCAAAAAUAAAAAUGGCUUUCGAAAAGAAUUCAACGGACAUGAGAAUUUUAAUGAAAGCAUUGGCAAGUAUUCUCGAUCGUCUUGAAAAGCAACAAAUUAUUGAUGAUGUAAUGCCACUUUUAUGGAAUGUCAAACUUCAAGAACCCGAAAUUGUUGUACGAGUAGUAAGCAUAUACAGAUUAAUGUUAAGCGACAAAAAAUACGGCCUAUCGGUCAAUCUUAUGGCAACGCGGGUAAUGCCAUCAUUGCUGCCUCAAACAGUAAACCCAGCACUAAAGUUAGAAAACUUCAAUCUUCUUUUGGAUGUUCUACAGGAAAUGCUCAAUCAUAUAGAAAGGAAUCAAAGAAAUAAAUUGCAAUUGGAUGCAGAUAUGCGUCGACCACUUAGACAUCAGUGCAGUACAGAUAACAUGCACGUUCCACCGUUUAACAUUCCUAAUCUUCGCAUAGAACAAAGAAAAACAUCAUCAGCUGAAGACAUGGCCAGAAAAAAUUCAAUCGGUUCUAUGUCGAUGACUGCAUCAGCAGAAAAUAUGGCAAGAAAAAAUUCAAUGGCUGGAAUGUUUGGAAGUUGGUGGUUUGGUUCAUCUUCAUCUACGAACGACAACAAUUUCCUAAGAGUAGCUAAUACUUUUACAUGCCGUCGUCUCUCAGACAACACAUUGAUGACACCAAAGAUUCGCAUAGCUCCAUCAUGCGCAAGUUCACCAGGUGGUACACCAGGAGGUGGUUUACCGAUACGACGACAUUCUAGCACAGGUCCACAAGAACGAAGAGGUUCAAACAUAAAUCUCUCUCCACCUACGGGUGGAAUGCCUAUUACAAGUAGCAGUGUUCCAUACCUUCUGAGCUCGAGUAUGAACAGUAUUCGAGGUUCAAGACGACCCUCAGUCUCAUCAAAUACAUCACAACAGGGAAUACUUCAGCAAUCUAUUAGCGGCAUGGUAAGACAACUACCCCCCAUCUGCCUCAAUGGACCACCACCAACACUCUCUCCAUCACCGGGACAGCCUUCCCACUGACCCUUGGUUACAGUUACCAAUUGUUCUCUGGACGGUCUUAAGCCCUCGGAUUUAGAAAGAAGUCGAGUCAGUCCCUCAUUAAUGACAUGAGAAUACGCUAAAGACUGUAAGUGAAAUUAUCCUUACAUUUUUGUGAACAUAUAACUCAAGUGGUAUUCUUGGGAAAUAAAUAUAAAUGGAAUUUUUUGCAAAAUUGCAAAAUAUAAACUAAAGACUAUAGGAUCUAUCCUAGAAAUUGAUAAAGAAAAUAUAUUCAAGAAAGAAGAGUCAAAUAAAUUAAUUUAUGAGAAAGAGUUAUUGUAAGUGAAAGUAUACUUCAAAAUAAUUUUUUUCGUAAAACAAAAGGUAUAUAAUAUGAUUUUAAUUAAUCACUUAUAAAAAAAACAAUGUCUGUUCUCUAUUAGAAACACUUCCAUUUUUCUUAAACUUUUGUAAUUAUAGAAAUACAUAUAUUAACGGAUUCUUAGAACAAUAUAAGAGAAUCAUCAAAUUGAAAGUUUAAAUUUGACGGCGAAAAAUCUGCCAAUGCCGCAAGCAAGAAGAUAAAAUGAUAAAUGUCUAAUUAGAAAUGUAAUUAUUUGUUAAUAAUCUUAAGCUUAUAGGAAAGUAUGGUAUAACAAUAAUUGACUUUUAGUCCAGAAAUGAAAACUCGUUGAAUAUGAGAGCAAAUAGAAAACAUAAUAAUUUAUUUUACAAAACAUUCGGAUAUAUUAUCAUUUAAAAAAUUCAAUGUUGUAGAACCAAAGUUUUUUUUAUAUCUUUACAAAUUUUCUAUUUGCUCUCAACAAAAAUUAUGUUUUCAUUACGACCGAUAUUUCUCCAUAGACCCUGUGCCACAGCACAUACGUAUACUUUAAUUAAAACAAAACAAAAAUUUCAAACGUUCAAAAAUUUAUAAUUUUUGUUGGUAUAUAAAUAAUUUGUUAUUUCGGUAAAAAUGUAAGUGAAAAAUUUGAAUUAGUUUAUAUUUGACUAACAACUACUCAAAAAUGACUAAAUACUGUACAAGCGAAUCUCUUUUUAUUGGACAUUUAAUUAAAUUGCCAUAGGAUAUAAGCGAGCUUAUAUCACUGAAAGUUAAUGUGUUUUGAGUGCCGUAAAAUUCGCAUUUCGUUUUAAUGAAGAAAAUGAUCAAUUAAUUACUAUUUUACUACCAAGUAGGCAUUUCAUGAAAAGUUUUAUAACUAGUUCUGAAUUUUUAAGAAUAUUUAAAAACAAAAAAUUUACACUUAAAAAGAGAUUCACUUGUUUGUAUUAUUGAUCACUGUAUUAUUAGUCAUUAUACUUUUUUAAGUAGCUUUUAUACUCAAUGGGUUACUUGAAAUCAAAAGAUUGAUAAAGUAAAAAAAAGAGAGUAAAAAUGAAAGUAUGAAUGAAAUAGAUAUAUAUAUAUAUAUGUACAUAUAUACUUAUAUCUCAACUUAUAUAAAUUGACAACAUGUUCUUCCAAAAUGGAAACGUAAAUUGUUCAAUAUAUUUAAGGAACUUUCAUAAAAUAUGUGGUUGGUUUAAAAAUUCUCAAAUUUUAAACCCCUAUCACAAUAAUUUGACAUUCAGCCUAAUAAAAUAAACCACAUAAUUUAUGCAAGCCUCCUUAAAGAAAAAUUUCCUGACAAUCUUCAAAUUUUUUCAAUCUCUAUUAUUAAGAAAUUAAUUUUUAAAAUAUUAUACAUGGUAAUUAGGUACUAAAUUUUAGGAAUUUUCAUUAAUUCAAACUUCAGAAAGUCAUUUAGUACCAGUUUCAGUAAAAAAAAUUUUAAUGAAAAAAUAGAAACAAAUAAGUAGAGAAAAAAAGAGAGAGAAAGAGAAUGUGUGUGUGUAUGAAAGAGUCAGAAUUUAUGACAUUGUCUUAUUAUAUAUAUAGUAUCAAAUUUACUCCUCUUCUGUGAUAUUCUAUGAGGUAUUCUGUCGAUGACUGUUUUAUUCUUCUCUUUCUCGACUCUGUUAUAAAUAUAUUAGACGGUGUAAUUGUACAUACAUAAUACGAUAUAGAAAUAUUCCAAAUUGAAAUAAACAGACCUUUAUCAUAUAUAUAAACAUAUAUUGUAUACUAGAGGUGGUUCAAAAAAGUCGAAUUUUUAAAAAUUAUAGUUAAUUUCUUGGAAUUGUUAACAAUUUUCAAAAAAUCUACAUUUUUUUCAACCAUAUACUAAUAUAUAUUAUAUUUUUAUAUAUAAAAGACCUCGAAAACCUUAUAUACGAGCAUUAGCACACGAGUUCAAACAGCUUUUUGUACCUGCAAAAUAGAGAUUUAUUUAUCUACCAGAGAUAUAUUUAAAGCUAUAUCAAAUAGUGUAUGCAAAAUUUGUAUACGUACAUACACUCAUAAAUACAUAUAAAUGCACUGUAUAAUCAUAAACUUUGACAUCAUUUUUCAAAUAGAAUUUAAAAUAAGAAUAUUGUAAAACGAUUCUAAAACUCAAAAGAUAUGUAAAUAUUUUUUUUCUUCACAUUAAACACAUAUCAUUUAGAUGGUGAAAAAACUUUUUUUUAGUUUUCCAUUUUUUGAUGUUGGUAUUUAAAAAAAAAUAAUUUUUUUUAAUAUGAAUAUAUAUUUUUUUAAUUGCCUAAAUAUAUAAAAAUAUUGUAAUUUGUAUAAUGCACAAUAUUUUAUUAAAAACAGCAGCUGAGAAAAAACAAUAAAUCAGAAAGGUUAUGAAAGAGAUAAACAUAUUUAAAUAUUGAAAUAAAAAUAUAGUUAAUUCAGCAAAUGUUAUCAUUAUUGUAGAAGAAAACUAUAAACAGUUAAAAGAUUAUAUGAAUUCUGUCGACAUAAAACUAUAUCAAGAUACGUCAAUUAAAUCAUAUCAAAGAUUAGUUGAAAAGAAUCAUAUCGGCUGAUAAUGUAUACGUAUGUUAAUUUUUUUUAAAUAAUAAUUUAAAAACAACCAAACAUAAAAAUUUACUCAAAUUAUAAUAUAAACAUCAAAAAAUGGAAAUAUGUGCAAAAUUUAACAGAAUCCAAAUUAAUUAUUAAUUAAUAUUAAUAAUAAUACAAAUACAAAAAAAUACAUAUAUUCAACAUGAAAGAGUGCAUUUUCAAAACUUUUAAAUAAAUUUUUCUUCCACUAAUUUUUACAUAGUUUGAAAAAAAAUUUAUUUAAAUAACAGCCAUCAAAAAUAAUUUUUUUCAGCGUCUUUUAGUAUAAAUUCGUUGUAUGUGUAACUACAUAAAUAUGUGAGAAAGUAAAUAAUCUUUACAUGUAAUUAUUGUACAAAUAGAGACUGAGCUAUUUGUUUAAUUAAUCUUUUUUUUUGACGUUUUUGAGCUUAUUUUAAUCGUAGUUAUUAAAUUUAUUACUACACUGACAAUAAGUAUAUUAUAUCAUAUUGAUUUAGUCGUAGGUAAAGGGAAAAAAUUAGUUCCUAAAACUUUUAUCGAUCUAUUAAUUUUGGUACGUUAAAAGCAAAAUUUUUUUAAAAUUACUUUUGUUAAGUUUAACUGAUAUUAAAAAGACAUCGCACAAAAUAUAUUGGAAAAAAAUUUUUAUUAAAUUUUUUGUAACUUCCUACUUUUUAGUUUUUCAUCUUCUAAAACAAAAUUCAUUCGUGGCCCUCUGUACAUUGUUUUUAAUGAUAAGUUACAAGAAAUUUCACCGAAACCUUUCCUUCAAUAUAUUUUGUCCGGGGUCAUUUCUUAUUGAAUAAAAAUUAAGAAUUUUAUUUUUUUUAUGUAAAAUAUUAAAAAAUUUUAUUAUUAAAAAAAUGUAUUUUUAAUUGCGAAUAUAAUAAUUAUAACUAAUCGCUCAGGCUCAAUAGUAGUUAUGAAUAUAAUUAAUAUACAAAACUUCGUAAUUUUUACUAAAAGUACCUAAAAAAUUUUGGGGUUUCUUGCGAUUAAUCCUAAAGAAUUAUAACAUAUAUUGAUAUGAAAAAACCAAAGAUAUAAGUUUUAUACACAAAAAAUACUACAGAGGUGUGCAAAUUAUAUCAAUUCUAUAUGCCCAUAUCUAUUUAUCUACAUAUCUAUAUACAUUUACUUAAAUUAAUAGAAUAUAUUGCUACCAAUAUAUAAAUAUAUAUUUAUCUUUUGUCGAUUAUAUUCUUACGACUAUAUAUAUCUACUACUCCUAUAUAUAUAUGUGGUAAAUGUGAUUAUUUUUUAAAAAAAGGCAAUUAAAAAGUUAAGUGUCCUUAAUAUUAAGAACGACUGAUGCGUUUGGAAAAUCGUCUGAAAGGCUUUUAUCCAUCAUGACAAUCGUAAUAAAAAAAAUAUAUUGCAAAUGAUAAAAAUAUAAAUUUUAAAUAGAUAUUUUACAGUAUAUAAAUCCAAAUAAUCUGAAAUUAUAACUUUUUAUUAAUAAAAAAAAGCUCAUUAUUUAUUAAGGAUGAGUCUCCGCAUUAAAAAUUUACGAAAUUGAACAUGUUUUAGGUAUAAUAAAUCAACUUUUUAUCUUUUAGUGUAUUUUUACUACAUCAUAUAAUUUUGUUAAAAAAAUUUUCUUUUUUAAAUAUGGCAAAAUGCAUAACUGUAUGUAUACGUACAAAAAAGUGCCAAUGAAGGAAAAUUUUGAAUAAUUUUAACCAAUUUUUUAAUUUACUCAAUAGAAAUUUGAUAUCAGAUUAUUAAAAUUGAAAACACAAUUUAUUAAGCAUAUUUUUGAAAUGAUGAUCGCUAAAUAUACGAAUGUCAAGUUAGAUUUUCAAAAUUUGAAAUGGCUCACUAAUUUUGGUGGAAGAAUUGAAACAUACAGCACACAAGAAUAUUUUUAUAAACAUUUUCUAAAGUUGAUUUUCAAUCUUUACCUGCAAAAUUUCAGAUUCCAAAUACCUUUAGAAAAUAUUAAGGAAAUUUCUUUUAUGAUGUAUGAUAUAUUCUUCGUUCUUUAAAUGUUGUAUCUUUUACGUAUUUUUUAAGAUUCGAAAAAUAAAUAUGUAUAUAGGAUUUAACUUUCAAAAUAUAAUUACCAAAAAGAAAAUUUUUGUGAUUUACUAUUAGUUUAGUAUGCUACGAAUGAACCUAAAAUAUUAAAUAUCUUAAUUAUGAUAAUAUUAAUAAAAAUAAUAUAGUAAUUAUUAUUAUUAUUACUAUUAUUAUAUUAAAAUAUAUAUAUAUAUGUAUAAUCUCAUGUUAAAGUAUGAAAAUUAGGUGUAUAUGUUCUGUAUGUAUUGAAAAGAGGUGCAGUGGAGUGAGGAUGAAUUUAUAAUUUAUAUAAAUUUUUGUGAAAUUCAUUAUACCUAUUAUAAUGUCCCAAAAUAUGUAUAAAACAAAAUAAAAUAAUAUUAAACAUUAUUGACUCUGUUGACGUGCUAAAACGGUCAAUGUAUUUUGUAUUACAAUAUUAAUUGUUUAAUUGAACUAACUCGUUUAAAUUUAAAUUUGAAAUAGUCGCUUUUAAAUGAGAAGUGAUUCAUUUUAAUUAAACAAUUUAUCUUUUGUUUCUAUAAUGUUAUUAUAUUUAUAACAAAUGCCAAUAGAAUUUCUCAAAAAUAAAAGUAUUUUUUUAAACUAUAUUUAUUGAAAAAAGGGGACUAUUUCAAAUUCAUCGAAAAAACGAAAAUUAUAUGUAUGUAUACUUGAAAUAAUAAUAAAAAAAAAAGUUGAAAAGCGAAAAAACAAACACUUAUAUGUAUAAUGUUUAACUUUCGGAAAAUUAUAUAUAUAAAAUGCAGUUCACAAUCAGGAUAAUUGCUCCAAAGAACCUAAAGCCUUAAAAAAAAAAAUAAAAAAAAAACGUUAGAAUGGUAAAUGGUAAAUAAAAUCAUGUAUAUCUAUCUAGAGACAUAUAUAUCUGUCGUAUAUAUAUAUAUAAUUAUAUAUGUACACGAUAUUUUAGGCAGAUAGAUUUGCGUAUACAUUUUGUAAACACUAGAAAAACUGAAACCUCUGCAAAUGAACCAAAGACGAAAAAAAAAAUAUAUAUAUAUAUAAAAAUGCUGAUAUUACGUUAAUAAAUGAUCUUGAAAAUAAUUGUAGAUAAUGCAGUGAAUGUAUGGCAUAUUGUUUAUUAAUAAAUGUGUUCUGCACCGAAAUAAUGUUGAAUU